UGGCGCCUCAGUUUGCUCGCGCAGCCCGCGCAGCUCACUCGUAUGUUUACCUUCGCGCUUUACGAAUAAAUAAUCGACUUGCCGAAACGAAUUUGGAACGUUUUGUACCGGUAAUGUCGGUUUAACUGUCGUUUUUGAACGGCGCGUGUCUGUUAGACCAUCCAUAUUUCGUAUUGCGAUUUCAAGGAGACUUCAUUUUGUUAAGUUGUGUCUUAACGUCUGUGAGGAAACGUGUGCAGCUCUUCCUGCCCUGUGGUAUUCGCGAGCAUAGUGUCUAUUCAGUGCAGUGGAAUGUGAGCAAUGAGUUUGUGGAAGUGCUAAGUUUGCUAAGUUAAACUGAUCAAAUAACAAAGAGUUCUUCUCGUGAUUGGGCUUAUUCAUCUGGAGCACUUAUUUCACAGAUCGUAUAGCCCACUCUUACUUGUUAUAUGGACCGGAUCAGUAAAACACAACAAGCGCAACGAGAAAGCAAGGCAACAGAACCCGCAAAAUGUGACCACCGACCGAUGCACCAAAACCCAAAAGCCAAUAUAAUCUUCAUAUUCAUGAGUCUUGCUUCAAGAUUACAUGAUUAAGAGCACACUAUUUAUUCUAUAUUUAACUUUAACAUAACGAAUCUAGUCGCCGUAGUUCUUUUAAAACGAAGCAAUUUAGACAUUAAUAAGAGUAAAGCAAGACUUAGUACAAAGAGAAGAGACAGUACAAAGGACCAACGGGAAGCCUAAUGUUGAUUUAAGAAAAUAAAUUGAUUAAAUUAGAACGUUCCCGAAGACUCCAGUCAAGAUGUCCACAAGUUACGAGAACUCUGCAAGUGUUUUGAAGAGCAGCUUCUCGUUGUCUUCGCUCCGAUCUGCGCCGGCGCCGCCUAACGGCACCGGUGACCAGCUAGAGCGACCGUACCACAGUCUAACAAAAAAGAGGAAGGAGCCAUGUCGAGAAGCGUGGAGGCGUAGCUGGGGCAGUGCAGCCAGCGGCGGCAGCGCAGGCGACGACCUGUGGCCGCUGCUGCAGCACCACUAUGAGUACAUCAUGGACAACCAGAUCAUCGACAGCUGUAAGGAGGCAAACGGCGAGCUGUUGUCAAACAAUUCGUCAGUAUUGCAGAACAAUCCACGGCUCCUCAACCCUACGUCGAGCUUCAACAGGCAGUGGUCGCUGAGUCAGCUCAUAUCGGAGUUCAGUGAACUCUGCCGCUGGCUCACGCACGUCCAAGAGGAGAUAUAUUCUAGUCCCGAAAACCUGUCCAGCAGGAAGUUGAGAAUGAACCGAAUGUCGGAGCUGGUUUCGGUGGAGCCUCGCCGCGCCAAGUUCAUGGAGCAGGCAACAGCGAUUCUUGAUCGCAUCCCGGAAGCUGCGGCGGAGGUGACGUGGCGGAUGGAGCACUUGAACGUGAAGUGGGAAAGCCUGCGCCUUCUGCUCAGUCCCGAGCAACUGAACCGCGACGGGGACUGUUCCGAUACUGUCGAUACAGCACACGAACUCCGGUGCCUACGACGCUGGCUGCACAGUAUGGAGGGUCGCCUUCCGCCGCCGGCCUUAGGAGCGGCGCGCGCGGCGCCCUACCACGAGCUCAUGCGGAAGCUUAGCGAACAUCAGGUAUUGCAACGGGACGUGGAAUGCCACGGUCGGAUCGUGAGCUCGGUGGUGCGGCUGUGCGGCGGCGGCGACGUGGCGCGGGCGCUGGAGCGGCGCUGGCACCUGCUGUACCUGCGGGCCAUCGAGUGGCAGUGCCACCUCGAGGCCUGUCUCGCUAAGACUGACAACCAGAACUGCCUGCCAGUAGAAGCAGCAAGCGACAGUGACGACGAACCCGCCCUCAAACAACCCAGGCUCAGCAGACGGGGCUCUCCUCGUCGGAUACGCACACCAGUCAAUGUGCGACACAGAGACAACUCCGAGGACAGUCGACAGUCCGCCUCAGAGGAGGAACAAGAAUAUGCAGUAGCGUACACGUGGCGCGGCUUCGGUUCAGACUGCGAGUCAGAGUUGGUGCGACAUCAGGACAAGAUGGCGGACGAGCGGCGAGUGCCCUCCGUCGAGGACAUCGACCUGCGGCAGACUGACCAGACCGUACCUGCUACUGGGGACCAAAUCGAUGGCAUCAACAGACGCGAAGCAAAACUAGAGGAAAUUCCAAAAGAAAUUAUUAAAACACCACCGACAGUAGUUAAAAGAAAAAAGCCCGUAAAUACCUCAAGAUUUAAUCAGUCGGAUAGAAAAUCGAAAAAUUGUGCCACAUUUUAUUUUAGACACCAUGACACGGAUUCGGAUAGGCAAAUGAUUGAAACUGAUGAGAAGUCUCAAGAAGAAUCUUCUGAAGAGGAAUGGACGUACGUCAACGGCCCUAAAAUUGGAAACGAGGACUCUACAGAUAUUAUGACUUCAUCAGUUGAGAUACAAUGUGAACUACCUGUCGACGACAAGAAAGAACGACCUCCAUCACCGAAACCAAAAUUAGAAUCGUCUACUCCUGACCUGAUUCGUGUCGACCAAAACUCCAGAUGUAAAGAUAUCGAAAGGCUCGUGAUUCAAGCGGAGGAAUUAGUACAGAAACAGGCACAACAACAAAUGGCAAAGAAGAAAGGUACGAGAAACUUGAAGCCGCUUACGUUUGAAGAGGAGGGGAAGUCGGUCAGUCGAGCGAAAAUGUCACGCAUAAAGGAAUGGUUGAACCAGAGCUCGGACGGCAAAAAUGACAAUAACCAGGGAACGGAAAGCUAUGAUGCAUCAGGCGAAUAUACAACGGAAAGCGAAGUCGACACCUCUUUGACAUCUGAAGAAAGGAAUAUUCAUUCUUCUAUGGACAUGAGCACGUCUACCUGUACUGUAACUCCGACCCAUCAUGCUAAGGUGACACUACGGAAGAAACGCAACGGGACCAGCGCACGUCCCUGGUCUGUCUCCUGCCUAUCGCAGCUUAACGGUGCGGGGACAUCCCUAACGGCCACUCCUACCACGGAAACCAUGCACAAUAACAUGUCGAUAUCGGAGUCAGCACUAAACACUUUGGCAUCACCAGCGCGAGUCACUCCGGGAAACUCUAACUCAAAGCUUCGAGGAAGUUCCACUACUGUUCAGGGUCACGUAUCAAGCACAAACACAAUGACAGAGGCGUGUACGUCAUGCGUCGAAGCGAACGACAAGCAAUGCUGGCUGCGAAGGAAGCGGCUAAAACUGCGUCGACACAAUAAUAACAACUCGAGGAGGGAUCGACUGGUGAAAUCGCUGUCGUUCUGCGGACGACUCAGUCCGGAGAUCGAGGAUAAGCAUGAGAGAAGCGCUGCGAGUGACCCCGCUACUAGUAGGAAAAAUAGGUUCGAUACUACCUCAACAUCUGGCAACGACAGCGACGAGGAACUAAUCAAACAACAACUGGCGACCAUAGCUAACUUGCGCAGAAGCAUCGAAAAGACACACAUAUCCAACAAGGAACCAGACAGUGCCAUCCCAGAACAAAACGAGUCGGAACUAGCGGCCCCUAGCUUUAAAUUAGGCCCCGAAGGUGGAGCCGUAAGACCUCGGUUGACACGGAGUAUGGAAAGGGAAAGGACGUUUUUGACCUUAAGUUUGGGCGAUCCCAGCCAAAUGUGGGACGUUUGUUUGGACAAGGACUCCGACAAAAGUGUGACUGCUGGGACAGAAGAACAUAGCUCGUUUUCGGAACAGGCUUGGGAUUUCUAUCAGGAAAAAUACAACUCGGAGCCAUACUCAGAAGCACCAGAUUCGGACGCCGCCCGUCGCCUUCUAGAAUUCGGGGACGAUUACCGAGCAUUCCUAGACUCACAAUCAGACUGUUGCUCAAGCCUAUCCGCUCAACCCGAAAACGACCUAAGUCCAAGCGGGACCCGCCGAAGACGACCACCCUCAGAUAUGUCAAGGGAAAGAAGCCUACCGCGAUAUAAGAGGCCUACACGAACAUCCCCAGUAGAAACUCCUUCCCGAAAACCCAAAAAGUCAAUGUCGAGCGCCGAACGUAAAAAGAACCUCCUCGACAGCCUCGAAAGAUCCCGAAACAACACUAGCAUAGAAAGCAACGAUGGUGUCCGCAGACGUAAACCCUCCGAAAACGAGAGAAAGAACAGCAAACGCUCCCCCGAAUUCGAUCUCCUGAACAUCCAAGCACUAAGCCGGAGACGUCAUAGCUCAAACCUAACCAGCGACGAAGUUAACAGUUCAUUAGAAUACACCGAAGUUAACAACCGACCAGAUAUUCUUGACUCGUUGAACAGACGACGUAAAGAAAAAGACGGGGAGAGUGAGUUGCAGAAAAUUGCUCUUUCGGAGAUGCGAAGACGUUCGACAGGCAGUGCGGAUUCUGAAGGGGAAUCUUCGUCGCCGAAACAUAGCAGGAGGAAUUGGGGCGAUUCGGACUCGGAGUCAGAGGAAGUGCGGUCGUUAGUUCGUCGUUCGAGCACGCAACUGGAAGUUACCGAGGCGAUGAUGGCGCGCCACGAGUCUUCUCCAGACAUCCUUCGGGCGUUCGACUACACGGAGGUGGUAACUCGAUGCAGGGAAAACAUCAACCUGUUGGAGGUGGCUUUGACCGAAGGAGCGUUGUCUCCUGCUCUACAGAGAGACGUUAGAGCUGUGUCAGCAAGAUGGUCGGCGUUGCGAGCGGCCGCCAUUCGUCGUGGAAGCGCGCGUCGGCUGCGUCGCGAGAUCGCAGCGCUGCGCGAAACUCUUGAUGAUGUAUGCGAGCCUGGUGAUUGCGCUCCCCAGCCGCACACCAGGGCACAGCUGAACAGGAGGAUCGAGGAGCUUAAGGAGCGUCUCUCCCGUCUGCUAGAAUGCAAGGUGUCAAUGCUGAAGCUGACUGUAUCGGUGCGACGGGCGCUGGGCGAGAUGGAGUCGGAUGACAGCGGCCUUACUGCUGAUCUCACAGCCUUGCUUGCCGCGUGGGACGAAGCACAUCAACGCACUUCAAAUGAGCUGCUCUCGCUAGAGAAGGCAGUCUGCGCCUGGGCAGAAUGGGAAAGUGCACUGCGCGAGCUGCAAGGAGCGUUACGAGGAGACCUUGCAACGCUUCAAGCGCUGCACGACCGCGGCACAGCGCUGGCGGAUCAUUCUGAGCUGGCUGCCCAUAUCAGACAGCUCGCCGCAUCGCUGCUGGAUAAGAAGAAGGGUGGGUCAACAUGCGAUUCACUGUCCGACUCGGGAAUAUCGGACGGCGACAGCGAGGGCGCGGGGUGCCGCGCGCGACGCCUGAGCGCGCUACGCGAGCUGGCCCAGCGCCUCCAAGCUGCCCUCGCGCCCAACUCGCCCGCACACCGAGCCAUUGCCAAGCGCAUGGAGCAAACGGAGAAUGAGGUGAAAACGCUACAAGAAUCAUGCCGGGCUUUGGUAGAGCAGAACAUCCCAGACUUGAAGAUAGAUGAAAUUGCGACUGAACACGCAAUUGCCGUCUCGAAAAGCAAAACAGAUUCUGGCGAUCCGGACUACAACCCGCGCAGUGGAUGGGUUUGGCGAGUAUUGCGAUCCUCUAUCCCCAUACAACUGUGCCUCGUUGCUCUGCUCUUAGCCGCCUGGCUAGUGGAACGGCCGAGGUGCUGCGACGCCUUGAACUCACUCGCGCAAACUUUGACUCCCCAACUGCGCUACGUGCGAGGACCGCCGCCAGUGUGAAUAUGCCUUUACAAAAGCCUUGUGUCAACUUGGUGACAGCUGUCAAUGUGACAUCUGCCAGCGUGAAACCUGUCAAUGUGACAGCGCUGUCGGUAGUUUUCUACCUAUCGUUAAGUUACGGUUUUUAGUCGUCCGACAUUUUGUAAAUAUGACAACUUAUUUUGAUUAGUGUUGUCGGUUUAUAUACAAAAAUCUAAUAAAUAUCGAAUAGGAUGUCAAUUUGUCAUCGGAAAUUGUGACUGUGUAAAAUAAUUACUAUAGCUAAGUACUAUAUUAAGUAAAAGAUCUGUCAUUAAGACAAGCGAUAAGCAUAAGUAAUUAUUAUCGAUAAUUUUUAAUGGAAACUAUACAAUAUCGAUAGAUGAGUAUGAGUAAAGAUGAUUAAGAUUUGACAUUUUACUGUGCUUAUUAAUAUUAUUAUAAUGACACUUUGGAUGAUGACAAAAAAUAUCGAUAUGAUGUUACAGCAAUAUAUCGAUAAUUAUGGUUGAUGACAUAUUGCAUAAGCAAUAAAAAGCUAAUCUGUAGCUAACUGGAAAGGAAUUAAUGUGACUUUGGUGUUCUGGGGUAAAAAGUUAAUAAAGAACUUUCGUUGGUGUAAUUCAUAUAGAUGGAUAUUAUGUAAUCCAUUUAUCGAUGAAUCGUAGGAAGAAAGCUGCCUAUUAUUUUAUUAAGAGGGCAUAGGAAUGUGAGUUGCAAGAACAAUAAAAAUAGCUUUUGCUAUUCAAUCGCGUUUGCGAAAUGUUUAUCACUUAGCGUGAGUUUUUUUAAGGUUGUGACAUUUGAAACAUCAAAUUAGUGUUGUGCUACUUUAUUUUAUCGUUAAUAUUUUAACAGGUGAAUUUGAGUAGGUGUAUUUUGGUUUUUGGAGUUUGGUUCGUUUUAAAAUCAUAAAAAAGUAGUGACAGAUGGGACACUUAACUUAGUCUAGACGUUUGUGUGGUAAAAACAUAAGUAGUAUUUUCAAAAUAACUUAAAAAUAAAAAGUACCUACUCUGACGGUCGAUUCGAGUACUAAGCGUUUACUUUAAAAUCAUUUAUUUACUACAAAAUGUAGCGUAAGGAUAAGUACCUAACUGUAAUUCCUGCAUUUUACUAGGACCAGACUUAUUAUUAAAAACCAUUAAUUAAUUGCUCAUGGCAAGAGUUCAAAUAAUAAACGGAAAAAGUGUUCCCAAAAUAAUAUCAUCUGUAUCAGAUGAAGUUCAAAUUAGCUGUUUGUAGUAAUAAUUUUACUAACAAUUGACAUUAUUGAUAAGUUUUAUUUAAGUAUACCUAUUUUAGUACAAUUAAUGAAUAGGUUACUUAAUUAGGGUGUGUUUGCGCUUAGUAUGGUUAAAGUUUUUCAGGUUUCUAGUACCUACUUACUUAAGUCUAAAAAAUAUUUAUAAUCAUAACUAAUGCAUGGAAUUUUUAAAACAAUGAAAAAAUAUUUUGAUAUCUUGUUCACCGCUACGAUUAGCAAGGCUAUUCUUUGAAGUUUUUAACAAAACCUCUAUAUAUUGUGUUUUAAAAUUGAAGUGUAUUGUAUUGAUGAAACAUUAUUAAUUUUACUAACUAUAUAUAUUUCUAUAAGCAUAUUUUUGAACAAAAUUUUAAUGAUGAUGAUAUUUUACUGCUUAUUUCAUUUAUUGGCUGCAGUAGCGCAUUUAUAUAUAUAUACUAGCUAAACGAAAAUAAAUAUGCCUUUCCUGUUACACACCAUAUCAUUAUAUAAAUAAGACAUGCAAACUAUCCUUAUAAGGGUUGUUAAAUAAGGUCGUUCCUGAUUCAAGCUAGGAUUUAAUGAUAUUGAACUACUAAUAAAAAUAAACGUAUUUUUAUAAAAAAUGUAAAGACCAAAUAUUUGAAAUUAUUGUUUUCGAAUAUUCAAGUUUAAUUCCUUUAGAAAAAAAAAAUUUAGGUUCUUUAAUAAAUUUGUUGAAGUACCUACUUAAUUUUUUUAUUACUACGAAAUUAUUUACCUUUAACAACCCUUCCUCAUCUGUGGCAUUUUAGAAUUAUUUAUAAUUAUGUAUUAUAUCACAUUUUAAGACUGAUAUAAUGAGAGUAUGACAUUGCUUUUUUAAAAUAUUAUAAUAUAAUAUUCUAUGAAUAUUAUCGAGCACAUCAAAUAUUUUAAUAGAUAUUCUAUUUAUUAUUUUAUAGGUGACAUUUUCUAAGUUACUUUUAUAAAACAAACUAUUUAUUAAUUAAUGCACGAAACGUUGGCGUAACUGAGGAGCUGUAAUAUUUUUGUACUGUUUAAAACGCAUUGAUGUAAACUUUCACGAUUAAAGUAAUAA